CACUCAACAGAUAGACCGUUACGAAAUGGAAAACAAAGUUUAGAAAAUAGAACAAAAUAUAAAUAAAUGAGAUUAAAAUGGCUGGCCGAUUAAUAAAUAAUAAGAAACAAACAUUAGAAGCCCGAGUGCGUCAACUUCAAAAUGAAAUCAAAUAUUACGAGAAACGCAUAGAAGAAGCGAAAACUUUUAAGCACAGUUCUAGUUUUUAUGAUAGUGAUAGCUCAGAUUCCGAUUUAGAAUUCUCAGUGAAUGACAGUCAGUCGAUACUGGAAUUGAAGCGGCAGCAUGAUAUGCUGAAGACCUGCUUCCAAGCUACUCAAGAACUAACCGAUGUGGUGGUCAUACAAUCGGAAGUUAAUAUACUAACAGAGGAUCCAGUUAUUGAUGGUGAGCCUCCCGUAACUGUGCCAGGGUUAUGGAAACAAGUUUUAGCUGAAUGCCGGAUUGAUCUUGUGCCAUUUUCGAUAACAUUUUACGUGCAUCAGGGGGAUGCUCUCUUCGCUCCAAUUUCGUACAGAGCCUUGCAAGUGUUGCCAGUUAAAAAGGCCCAUGAGAUAGAAUUGGCUCAUUCAACGCUAUCUACAAUUAAACACCCCAGCCAUGCUAUUGAGAUAAUUCGCGGCUACGCUGUGGCGCAUCGCUCGCGGCGGACGACUCUGGCGAGGUUGGCGCAAAAGUAUGCUGACUCGCUGUUCAUGGAGCCUGUGUCUGACGGCGGGUACAUGUUAAAAUGCGCGAACAUUCUGGAGAUAUCGUGGACGCUACAGUUCAAGACGCACCUCGCCCCGUUCAACCAUAAAAUGAAAUUCGAUUUGGAGUAUAUGGAUGAGUCCUAUAUAAAAAUUAUAACGCAAGCCCAUAGACAAUUGUCAGAUCCAUCUAUAAAUACAGACGAACGAACCUUGCUACUGGCUAAGAUUAUAAACACGUGCCUCGAAGCGCAGAAACCAACCCAAGAGCUGCACGAAAGCCUCCAGUCUGACCCCGACAGUCUAGACAGAUUGAAACCUAAAACUCUAGACAUGGACGCGGAUCUGCCGAUAGAUACAGAUGCAAAAAUGAUGGCCCCACCGAAAUAUGUGCCAAAGAAUAAGACUAAAAAAUCAACCAAAUCCGAAGGUGAAAAUAAAUCUCCGCCCGAUACUCUGUUGGAAAAUAACGCACAGCUAUUGAGCAAUCCACCAGCUGAUAUAAAUGCAAAUAACCCAAAACCAUCAUCCUCACACAAACAGCAAAAAAAAAUCAUCUGAACAUAAGAAUUUGGCAAAAAAAGUCUCUGAAAGUAAGGCGAAAACAACAGAAAAUAAAAUUGCUAAGACGGUUACUGAUAAGAAAUCGCAUACAACGCCUGGAAAUAAAGAAAAUAGAAAUAAAGUGGUGACUGAGAAAAUUGCGAGAACAGUUACUGAAAAUAAGAAUGCUAAACUUAUACCAGAGCAUAGAGAAAAAGCUAAAACGGGCUUAGAAAUCUCGAAAACUAAAUCACAACAAAAA